AUAUGUCCUCCCAGCGAUUUAUCACCCGCUUUCUCCUAUUUUCUCCCUAAUUUACGUCGUUUUAGGUAAAGGUAUCUUUAAAAAACGAACAGUGUCUUUUAACAUUUUUGCCCUUAUAGAUGAAGAAAAAAAUCCAAUGUAAUGACUGAGCAUUAAGGAUAGUUAGUCGGAACUCCCGUGGUCAUCGUAAGAAUAAGAGCACCCACUUUUCAAAGCAUAAAACACAUUUUUUACUGAAUUAUAUACCAUGAGUUUUGUUUUUUUACGUGAAAGUGUGUGCAUUUUAGUAAGGGGAACAGUCCUUGAUGGCUGUGGGGACGCAUUUUUCUGCACGAACACAUCUCGACGUAACACUAGUUUGUUUUGGAUGCUGGAAAGAGUUAAGCUAAAGUCCUGAGCUAUGAAGCAGCUUCCACCAGACACUGUGCGGCUGCUGUCCAGCUCCCAGGUCAUCACUUCUGUUGUGAAUGUUGUGAAAGAACUGGUGGAGAACUCCCUGGAUGCUGGAGCAUUAAACAUCGAUGUAAAACUGGAGAACUUUGGCUUGGAUCGGAUAGAAGUACGUGACAACGGUCAUGGAAUCAAAGCUGUGGAUGCUCCUGUGGUGGCGGUCAGACAUUUCACCUCAAAGAUCUGCAGCCAUGAAGAUCUGGAGCAUCUGGAAACGUACGGCUUUAGGGGUGAGGCGCUCGGAUCCAUCUGCGCUGUGGCUGAGGUGGCUGUUACCACAAAGACAGAGGCAGACGACGUCAGCAUCCAAUACUCACUAGACUCUACAGGAACCAUUGUUUCUCAGAAACCGUCUCACUUAGAUCAAGGUACGACUGUGAGUGUGACGAAGCUUUUUAGGAACCUUCCAGUGAGGCGACAGUUCUACUCGUCCACUAAGAAAUGUAAAGAGGAGCUGAAGAAGGUGCAGGAGCUGCUGAUGGCCUACGCCCUCAUAAAGCCUGAGCUCAGACUACUGUUGGUUCAUAAUAAGGUGGUGAUUUGGCAGAAAGCCAAAGCAGCCGAUGACAGAAGCGCCCUCGUCGCUACGCUGGGGUCCGGCAUCGUCCCUAACCUGCUGCCAUGUCACCAACGUCAGGAGCAGCCUAAGAUUAUUAUUGAUGGGUUUUUCCCAAAACCUGGUGUUGAUUGUUCCUCUACAAGCUCGUCUACUCCUGAAAAAACCUUUAUAUUCAUCAAUAAUCGACCAGUCCACCAUAAGGAAGUCAUGAAGUUAUUACGCCAGCACUACUCAGCUCAGUACCCAGAGGAUUCAGCCCGACAUCGAUAUCCCAUCAUCGUGAUUAAAAUCACAGUUUCACCUUCUGCUGUGGAUGUAAAUCUGACACCAGAUAAAACACAAGUUCUUCUUCAUAACAAGGAGGCUGUGUUGACGGCAGUGGAGGCUCUGCUGGUUUCUCUUUAUGGCUUCAGACCCGGUUCUGACCUCCCACCUGAGCAGCAGCUCAACCAUGAGACACUUCCUCCUCCACCUCUACAAACGGAUGCCUCGCAGCUGAAAAACAAAAGGAGUGAUGUCAGAGAUGACAACGUCCUCACAGAGGCAGAGACACAUGCUGACUCAGCACAAAGUUCUGAUGUUUCUCUGGAGCGCCAAGCUUCAAACACUAGCUCUUCAUCGUCUACUGCAGACGACUGGAUUGAUGAUGGCAUCGCAACAAAAACGAGCUCUGUGAGCAAAUCUCCAGAGAGACGUGGACAUGCAGACGUUUCAGCUGCAGAAACAAGAAAGCACCAAAUAUCAGCUGAGGACUGGAGUCGGGGGACGGCGCUGGUUGAUUCUGUAUCAGGAGAACCGUUGCAGCCCAUUGUGAUCCUCCAACCCUCCACACCGAGUCCGUCAAACUCAGAUGAGGCUAAGAUUCAGAGAAGCCCUGGUAAGAAGAUGCUGAACGCCAUAACAGAGAAACCAGCAGCUCUGACUGCCUACGACAUGAUCAGGAACCGCACAACGAGGUCGCCGCUGUCACCUGUUGCCCUGUUUGAGAAGGACACUAGAGCUGAGGUCCUGAGGGAGAAGCCCGCCGCCAGCCUGCAAGACAUCAGCAUCGCAGUUCAGGAGAAGUGGAACAUUCUGGGGGAGGGCGACAGGAAGAAGUAUGAGGAGAAGGCAAGGAAAAGCCUGCAACAUUACAACCAAAAGACCACAGCCGAAGGCCUCAGAGAGCCAGAUGAGAAGGCCCCGAGGACCAAACUGCAGGGUCAGAAACGAAAGGCCCCCCUGUCAAACCAGCAGCUGAUGGACCAGCUCUUUGCCCGGCCCCAGAAGAAGCCAAAGGCUCCUGCGUCCAGGCCUUCACGGCCCGUCCCCUGCAGCGUCCCUGCCCUCCGCCUUCAGCUUCAGCGCCUCUCAUCCCAGAGCAGCGGAGCGCCGCGGGGCCUCCAUCUUGUAAACCAGCUGGCCUCCCAGAGCACCUGGGUCAUUUUAUGUGGUCAGAGGCUCAUGUUGUUAAACCCAUUUCGAGUGGAGGAAACCUUGCUGUUUAAAAGACUUCUAGAGAAUAAUAUCCUUCCAUCCGUGAGUCUGCAGAACCCCGUCCAGCUAACAGAUGGGAGUCUGGGAGGAGCUGAAUAUGUCCAGACUUUGUGCAACAUGGAGAAACAAAAUCCUGAUCUAACUGGAGGCGUCUUGUUUUCUGAUCCUCGGCUUGUUGCCAAUGGCUUCAAGAUCAAACUCACUGCAGCAGAGAGACAUCUGGAAGUGACGGAGAUGGCAGACUGUGUGCCUUUUCUCGGUGUGGAGGACCUCAGGGAGAUCCUGACUGCUGUUCAUCACAGAAAGGCCUCGACUGUGCGAGAGUGUCGGCCGCUCAAAGUCACAAACUACCUACAAGCAGAGGCCGUUCGACUGGCCCGACAGCUGCCGAUUACUUUACCUCGAGAAGAUGUGGAGCAAAUCAUUCGAAGGAUGGAACAGCAGCUCGGUGAAAGCAGUCACAUCUGUAUCCAUGGACGACCAUUUUUCCAACAUCUAGCUGAUGUCCCAUCAACAGACGGAGAAGCACAGGCUCAGUUCAGACCUUUAGGGUUGUGACACAAAAACCUGGUGUCCUGCACAUGAGUUCUUAUCAAUAAAAUAAGCUUUUUUGUUUAAAGAAGUCAAAUUAAGUAAAUAAGUGUUUUGAAUUUCAAAAUGUGCAUUCAACCCCUCAAAAAGCUAUUUUUACCAUUAAAAUUAUUUUGCACAGCUA